UAUAUUCACAUAAGGGUGUUAUAUGUCAUAUCCUAUAUUAUGGCUAUCUCGCGCGAGACAGGGACUGCCCUCAACUACUACCCCCACUAUACACCUACCUACCUACCUCAAAUACUAUACGCGUUGAAGUGGCGUUUGACGCGUCUAGCCAGGCACUUGGUUCUUUUCACAAGGACAUCCAUCCAGACCAACUUAACCUUGUCUCCCUCGCCUCCCACGGUAUAGAGAAAUGCUUCACUGUCUCAAUGGCGAGAUGGAAGGAGCUUGGGGAGGUCCCAGAUUCGGAUGAAGACGAAAGUGCCUUCGAUGGCAGUGAAGAAUCCGAACAUGAGUCACCUCGAGCCGACGCCGGUCCACAGGAUGAGUUUCUCGUGGAGAAUUUGCCAAAUAAAAACGAGCCUAUUUGGGAUAUCCCUUCAUCGUCAUCACCAUCAUCAUCACAGGCACCCAGGGAAAGGAUUGAUGCCGAUCCGGGUCACUCCCAGCCAUACGAGCUAUCUGGGGCGCAAUAUGUUCCCCGCCACCUCGAUCCACUGUUGCCUCUAUCGUCACCAGGCGAUGGAACCUACGAUAACCUGAGGGGUCCAAUGCGUGCCACCGAGCGUGUAUUGGAGGGUUUGGAGGGCUCGGAAGCGUCAAGAUCGCCCCCUAUCGAUUCGCAUACGCUUAAACCACCAGUUAAAGCAUCGCCAGAAUCGGUAAACAUACCGGAUGACGACGAGGAGAGUGUGAUUCGAUACGGACGAUCAUUGCGACCACGAAAACCUAUCCAGGAACACCCUUAUUUACUAGAAAGUGCGCAGUACAGCAAAACUCUUAGGUCACAUGGUGUACGACCCUUGAGGCUGCAGGCUGAGGAGGUAGCGGGAAGGAGGCGAGACGAUGAUUCCCAAGAUCAAGAAUACGAAGGGGACAGUCAAUCGACCAUCCAAGGGUUUAUCCAGGAGGAUCUAGGAGAAAGCCAGGGAUCGCGACAUCCUGGCCCGUUUAAAAAUGUCGAUAAGGACGAGCCUAAGUUGAUAGGCAUAAGGCCUCGAUCCCUCCAGCGUGAGAGCAUUCAACAACCUGAAAUCUCAUUAAGAAGCUCACAGGAGGACGAGGAUGAGUUUCCUGACCCAGCCGACAUCAGCAAGUGGGAAUCAAGAAAUAAACCUAUUGUCGUUUCCAAGGGACGGGCCUCGCCUAAAUCUCCCCGGAAACAGAGGACUUCAAAGUUAUACCAGUCCAUUAGUGGGGAGAGAGAGAGGCCGUAUCUAGCAGAUGACAAUAAUAUUUUCGACAUCCCCUCUUCUGCUCCCCGGAACAGCCCAAAUUUGCUCGUUGCUUCACCAUCGACUGCUACCGAAUGUGCCAGAGUUAUCACUGGGUUCAUUCCGAAACCAGGCGAUUUAAUAGCACCACGGGACCAAAGCCCCAUUCCAGCAAAGCACAGCACAAGUAUACUAGAUCUCACUUCCGUAGUAAGCCAAUCCCAAGCUAGUAGCGAGCGGGAUGAUAAUUCUCACGGUGGCUCGGAAAGUGAGACUCGAAUGGUACAGGCAGCGAUGAGGAGAAUACGUGGUGUAUUGCCCGCAUCUUGGCUUCGCCUCGAUCAGCAAAGCACUCCCGUCAAAAACACGAAGGCCAAUUUGCAGGGAAGCCCGGAUCACUCCACAGACCAGACCCAGAGGAAAGGUGUAGCUCAACGUCGGCAGACCUCGGCAAAGCCUGCCACCGACAUCGCCUUAUUUCUUGAUGACUCGGAUAACGACGAAACGACCUUACGACAUAAUGAGGCUUCAGGGGAUAGAGCUAAUGCCGAGCACGAUAUUUCUAUCUUUGAAGAUGAUGUCGGCUCGGUUGUCGAGGACGAUCAUACAGAUAAUAUGCUUUUAAGACAUAAACGAUCUACCGUGGAAUCAGACAUGCUAGAAAGGCCCAGGAAGCAGAGGAAAAGGCAUUAUGCCACACUAGAAGACGAAACUGUCCAACCGAAACGGCAACAGAGAAUCAAACGGCAGUUAAAUAGGUCGAGAGGCACAUGCGCUGAUUUUAGCAGCGAGAGUGAUCGCGGUAAAAGCAACCCUGGUGUAAAGCCUCCCACACAGGAGUGCAGCCGAGCAACCAAGCCCUCACGGCCGCCUCGACUUAGCAUCUUAGAUGUUGUCGAACCAGACGCACCCCCUUUUAUCCGUAUAGCUGCCCGGACAGCUAACAGGAGGUCAGACCGGGGUAGAUCAAGUCCAACAAGGAAGCACAUCGCUUUGGGGACGCGUCAAGAUAACAUUGAUGCGAGCAGCGUGCUGAGGGAUUGGAAAAGGGGGCGCAUCCGACCGAGAACUUAUUCCAGAACCGCGGUAACGUCUCGAUCAUAUUCGUACAGACCUCUCCACCCCCAAACUCACAGUCAUACGGCACAGCCGGCGAUGUCUCUCUCGAAAAUGCCCUUAUAUCAUAUCCCAUCUUCAAGCCGCUUCCUUCAACCCCGUCGAAUGUCUAAACAGACAAGUAUCCGCGAUUUUGUGGAAAUAAAAACGGGAACCAUAACCACACCAACUCGGCCUAUAGACGAUAUCUCUCUUUCCAACCAUGUUCACAAUGUAGCUUCGAGGCCCGCUCAGCUUGAAACGGCUGACGAGAAGGUUGGGCGGCACGCAUUUCAUGCACAGAAAAGGGCUCUUGAUGCCCUAUACCGAAAGUCGCGUCGAUCGCUACAUACCCUCGAGGAGUUACAGCUUGAACAACCUGUGGGUGGCAAUGGUUCUCCCCGGAGCUUUCCCAGGCACAACGAACCGUCUGUGGGCAAUACCGCAAGUCCGAACCCUACUACGUCAACACGUGGGCGGUCAAGAUUUCGGAAGGGCUUCCGGCCUACACACGUGGAUACUGCCGCUCCUCAGUAUACGCACGCUAAUGACCCUCUACCACGCGAAAUACGUCCCAUGAGCCCCGUUGAAUCAACUAAUUCCGCAGAAGCUGGCGUCAAGUUAUCGGGGCUUGGUCCGUUUGGCACGCACUACACCCAACAUUUCGAAAUAUUUCCCUUAGAUCUAGGGGCGUUCCUCCACGAGAGCACACUUCUCGGUAGCGGUCGACUAGUGAAGGCCUUGAACGGGAAGACUGGCGAAAACUUGUAUCACCCACGAGGCCGACAGACAUUCGUUCUUGAUAAAAAAGUAUUACGAUGGGGCCUGUGGGAGGCACAAACCUCAUCAGAGUUGGGUAUUGUAUUCGACUGGAUCGCGGACUACUUGCACUCAGAUUCCCCAGAUCCUCAAAACGGCACAGUUCUAGUUGAGGCUACCGAAUUCGUUCUGAAUUAUUUGCAGAGUUCCAUCAGCUUCUCCGACCAGGAGAGUGAGAGACAUUUCGUGGGACGAUCCUUGGAAAUUUUGCAAAGUUUUGUGCACCGCUUGGAGAGCCUACCACCUCUUCCUCACUACAGAACUCGGCCGCUCAUCGACGUUCUCAGUCGCUGCCUGAUCAUUUUAACACAACUAUUGCACAUCUGCCGUGACCCCGACCAACUAUCGCAAAGACUCCAGGUUGAAGGAGUGCUAAGGAACAUCGCCGAGAGAACCGCCCGCAAGUUGCUUGAGACCGAACUAAUAGAUAUCCGGAGUUUGUACUACGAGCUGCGGCGUAUACCCUUUCGAGAAAGGGGCAUCCGCGACGAACAGCAUUCGAUGAUAUGCUGGGUCGUCCUCAUCCGGGUUCUUGAAGAGGCACGUAUCCCAAAGGCAGGGUUCUGGGAUGUCGUGUCGUCCGUCAUGCUGGAACGCGUCCCCGGUCCAGUUAGCGACGCGCACACACUCGAACAAAUAUGGUACAAUUUUUUUACUUUACUUCCCCUCGGCGAAUUCGACAAUGCCGGCGUUGUUGUUCCUGGUAUCAGGCACACGAGUCCCUUGGAAGGCUGGAUCUUACCGCAGAGAUUACUCAGGUGCAUCUUCCAGUUAUACGAGAGCAAUUCACGUCAAGCCCCAAGUUUCAACGAUUAUUGUCGAGGUAUGAUUAGCCGUUGCCAUUAUCUCGUAGAGCAGUGGGGAUGGCGCAAAUCCAAUGGUGUCAUCGGAACUAUCUUCGACUUCUUUGCCUCUCGUGGCCUUUCAAAUCUACGCAACGAGGAGGUAUAUAGAUCCCCCGAGUUCCUCGAACGCCUCACGGGAUCUCCGUCGCUCGCCAUUCUAUCCGAAGACAGGUGCUUCCAUAUAUUUCUGAAACUCCUGGCGCUAUCUAUCCAACGCUUGACAAGCUACGGCUUGACCAAGGACGUAAAAAAUAUGGUGGCGAGGGUGCUUCCAAAUCAUAACCGUCAAUACAGCAAGGAGGACGACAUCCACGAGACCGAGCUAGCUGCCCUAAGGAACCACCACGACCUUCUCUGUACGCUCUUUUGGGCCGCGCCGCCCGGUCUGCGACCAUCCGUCCAGACGAUCGAGAAGCUGGUGGUGCCCGGCAGUUCUCACAAGGAGGCGUGUUUGAUUAGCUUACGAGCCUGGAGCCAACUAGCCCGGUUCGCGAUCUCGUCCGACGAUGACAUUGUUUCGUACAAACCAUUUGCCGACUGGCAGAAGAAUGUAUUCCAGCAGGUGAUGGAACAGUACUUGUCAGCCGAAUCCGAUGUCCAGCAGCAACUUUCUAGAAUGCCCAAGGCUACUUCGAAAGGCAUUAACCGAGACGUAAUAAAUACCGUGAUCCAAUCGAACAAGAAAGGCGCGAUGGAUAUACUUCGCUUCUCGAUGAAGGGUUUCUUAGACGUCAUUCGCAGUUCUCGGACGCUGGCUGCCGUAUCCUUCGCCGUGAAUCAUUAUCAGCUGGACCAGGUUUUCACGCGCUUCCCGUUCUCUUCAACGAGCUUUGAUUGGAGCAGCCUACGACCCGCCCUAGAUAUUCUCGACUACUACGUCUCGCGGAUCGAAGGGUUCUUGAAGCAGCCUCCCGAGAACCCCGAAUAUUCGUGGCAUGGAGAAGAUGCGAUCAUGCUUAUCGAUCGGAAAAUAGCCCCUCCUUUCUUCUCCAUGCUUAGUGUCAUUGCCGAAAUGAAAUUCAAGGAAGAGGAACUCGGCCCCGUCAGCGGUCGCGCCGUAUGUAUGGAGCAGGCUGUGGUUAUUGCAGGACGCCAGGCAGCGCGCUUGAUUCAUUCACGGCUUUCGCGCGUGUCCCAGUUCUUCUUAGCUGGGAAGUACUCUAUAUUUCCUGGUGCGAAGGAAGCUGCCUCGUCCUUUUCGAGAAGGUACCGCGCUCUCUUCUUAGCUAUGUUAAUAGAGCAUGGCGUGGAUGAUUUCAAGGACCUGGGUAGAACAGUCAUCGACUUGUUGAUGGUAGAGCUCGCUAAGCCUCUCCACUUGUUAGCCUAUGAAAACCAGCUCGCCCUAGCCAUCCAAACCCGUGGUAACCCCCUUUUAAAGGACUCGGUUAUAGGGAACGGCGAUAGUCCUGAUUACAAUUCGAACAAGGGCUUGUUCAGCCAUGUGGUCGCCGUGAUGCGUAGGACUUUACGGUUUGCAGAAACGAGUCGAAGAUCACUGUUGCAGUCGCAGUUCACGAAGGCUCUGAAAAUUACUAUGGAGCAAAUGAAACUUGACCUCAAGUCAAUGCCAUUAGGCUCGCCAGAGCACGCGAGUUACAUCGAAUUCGUCCGGUCAAUCAUCACUAUGAUCAGAUCGCAAGACCUCUGCCCUGUGGACUCCUACUUUUAUCAAAUCAGCCGAGAGUAUUCGCCUUCCAGCCAAGACCCUCGCCUGCAAAUAGCGAGCAUACUCUCAUGGGGCCUCAAACUCGAGGAGGGAGACACAAAGGCGGUUCCUGGGCUUUUCUAUCUCCUGUUCCCCAAUUUUAAACUGGCGCUUGCCAACGGCAAGCUUGUAGAUGAAAAAUCAAUACUGCAGCAAGGGAUGAGCCAUCACCAUGUUCUCUCUUUCAUGCUGGGUAGAAUGCUCCCGGCGAUCAUCAAUACUGCCCUCGGAGCGCCCGAUGCGUGGGUAUUACUAGAUACUUACGUCGGCGCCUUCAGCGCGCAGCUUGCAGCAACCUGUAUUCACAGGGCAAUCGGCAGCGAAGACGCGGAAGGUCUUCUAGUGCUACUACAAUUCACUCUAGUUGGCCUUCAACAACUUCGGGCGCUCAACGCUACCGAAUUCCGUCCCGAGCACCUUUACUCACUUCUCCAGGUCAUGACUCUCCUCAACCUACUAUCGCCGUCUCUGGCAGCUUAUUUAAUCAACGAACCAGCACCCCGGGCAGCAGGGGACAUCGUCCACGUGAUGGAGGCGCUCACAGACUUCGCGCGAGUUGCUGGGAAAUACGUUUCUAGUAUUCUCCACCGGCCCAAGCACUGGAUGGCAUUGGACACAGAGCAAUCUCUGGUGGAUCCAAGUAGCCUCUUUGAAGGCGUUCAGACUUCCGAGAUAGUCAUAUUAUCCGACCCUCGUGAACAUAUCAACAAAUUUGCCAAGCAUAUGGUUCGCGAUAUUGAUGAUAAUUGGGUAUCGGAUAGAUCAACUAUCACCAUAAGAGGCCCAUGCAGAACACAAUAUGGGCAAAGGACGCAGAUCCCGAGGUGGGACGUGAAGAAGCUAUUGCGAAUGCUCUAUGAGCAGCUCCAGGGGUGGAAUUACGUUCAUGAUUCGACGGUCGCGAGGGGAGCUACACUACCAAGUAACGAGUUUUCAUUCUACUGGUAGAAGCUUCCAGCGUGACGGUGGGAUCCCUACAUGGUGUUCCUGCAACCAGCAUUGUGGUAUAAUUGAUUGUUAUAUUACAAUAGCACCAGAGACAUAGAGUAUUCUGAGAAUCCACUUGGCCACCUCUUGAAUAUUAAAAAACUACCUCACACAUGAUAUAGUAGUUGAUAACGUUGCGCUACGCUCUGGGCUUCUUCGUUACGCUUUUGCUAUAUACCGAGGUGAAAAUAUAUUUUAUAUAAAAUAAUCGCUUAUAUAUACGAAUCUUCAACUACAAGGUUAUAUUUUUUAAA